CGGCGAUUGCUAACGUUCGCCUGUCACCAGUGCUGCGCGAGGCCGCUAACAGCUCGACGCGUGGUACAGGCACAGCCACAUGAACAAUUUUAGUAUCGCUAAUUGAACAAACAUGUCAGUUUAUUUACAGUGACGUGGUGUGAAACUGAUUUAUGGAACUGUAAUAUUAAUGGAAAUCUGCCAUUGAUUUGUACACAGACACGACCUUUAUGGAAAUGAACUUAACAAUAUCUUUACUCUACAACUGUAUAAUACCUAGACUAAAAGGACAUUAUUUGAAAAUGUAGAACGUAUACAAUCCAACGAGAUGACAAGAAAAUCAUCACAAAAUUAGUGACAUUUGCAAGUUAUCGUUAUGCAGUUAAAGUGAUUGUGAUAUUUACGUAAAGUACUAGUAAACAACAUGGAUUCUAAUAUACACUAAGUGGAGUGGCGGAGAAGUGAGACAAAAUGGAGGGUGCGGUAUUGAGUACUCCUAACAAUAAUAGAUUACGAAUGCAUCUUAAGAAUGCGGCUUCUGCUCUCUGCGCGCGUACGCUGCCCAAACAGCGGCGCAGUGAGCCCGCAGCGAGCAGCACCGUUCGCCACCACACGUACCCUCGCACUACGCCAAAGCGGGCCGCCAUCUUCUGCCUCCUCGAAGCCCCCUGCGACCAGCCCCAACAAAUCAAAACGUUCGAAUUACCCGAGCCAAAAGACUGCCAUUUCACGGACGUUCACCCCAGUACCGUGUCAAAUGGCAUUGUCAAAUUAAAAGGAUCUUUAGCUAGGGAGGUGGCGAAUGCGUGGGGGUAUCGUGUGGGGACGCCCGAUGUACCGGCGCCCGCCGAACACUUGCAAAACCUCUUCAACGACAUCGAACUAUACCCCACUAAGACUCAGGUGUUCGAGAUGCUGGUGUGUGCACGGCAGUGCGCGCGACGACAGUCGCUCUCGCUCACAUUUGGCGAAUUCUGCGUGUUUGCCGCGGAACUUAGACGAUGGUCACGACAGACCCGGCAGAACCCCACAAAGCCAGAAUCACCCAACUGGAGCCUCGACAAAGAACUGCGGGAUUUAGACGCGAUAUGCAAACACGUGAAUGGUAGCGAGGCAUCACUGUCGCCGUGUGAGGUGUUUCUGGGCGGGUCGUGCAACCCCACCACCUGGAGGUCCGAUAUAGCCAUACCUAUGCUUAAAAAGAUGGGCAUCACGUAUUUCAAUCCGCAAGUGGAAGACUGGUCGACAGAGCUGGUGGAAGUAGAGCAUCGCGCGAAAGCGUCGGCGCGGGCGCUGUUGUUUGUUUUGGAUAGCGAGACGCGAGCAGUCGCCGCCAGUGUGGAGGUAGCCCAUCUAGCCGCCGCGCCCAAAGACUUGCUGCUCGUUCUCCGUCCCUAUGCGCGGCAUCAGAAUAUCGCCAACGAAACCAUUAGUGACCAGGAAUAUGUAGAGCUAGCUCGAGCACGGGCGACGUUGCAAGAGGCUGUAGAGAGGCGGGGCUUGCCUGCAUUCACCGACAUUCCCGCGGCAUUGCGUUGCGCAAGAGACGUUAUUCGCGGCGCGCGGACGAAUCCACGGUAUUCCCUUGGCCACACCAUCAUGAGGCUGAAGCGUGCGUUCGACGCGGCAGGCAGCAGAAACGGGCUGAUAACGCGCUCGCGGGCUGUGGACGUGUUAAAAGACGUCACGCGAGUCCGACGCGAAGUCGCCGACCGCUGUUUACCACCCAGCAUUGAUACGUUAGAUUUCGAAACGUUCUGCGCUUCAGUAGCCGAGCUCGCCGCGGAUGUAGGUGUGUCGACGCAGCCGGCGGCCGGUGUGGCGGCGCGCGUGCGCCGCGCGUUCCGCUCUCUGUGCGACCGACUCUCUCCAAACUUGUCCAUAACCGAAUGGCAAAGCCGGAAUGGGCAGGAAGCGGAGGCGGUAACAGGAGCUACAGUGAGCGCGGAAAGACGGAUGGACGCACAGCGGGACACUAACGGCCGACAUGUUCCCAAUGCCAGAUUACGGGCUUACGGCAGAAAACUUCCCCUGUAUAUUCCUAAGAGCAAUGUCAGCCGCAGCGGCGAGGGUGAAGUGGCGAGCGCGGAAUCGGGUUCAAGUGGCGAGUCGUUAUUUACGCCAGGCACGGAGCGCCGCCUCGAGCGGCUGCCCGCCAUGCUGGGUGCGCCCACGCAUGAUGUCUACCUCGGUGGGGCCUUCCCUUCACAACACACGCGGCCAGAAGAAAUAUUGCGACGAGAAGGAUUCACUUACGUAAUACCACGCGCUAAUGAUUACACGCGCAUGUUCUCGGCGCCUGCGCGGCGCUCCGCCCCCGCGCACCCCGAGUCCCCCCGCCACGACAAGAAACCCCGCCCCGCUACUGCCACGCCUGCGCCCACCGACGACGACGUUCAGCUAAGGGAGAAACCAGCGACGGCUGAACUUGCUGACCGUCUCAGCGCUUCAGACUUUUAUACGGUUACUGAAGAUAUUACGCCGCAGCCUUUUACAGGGACGUAUGACGAAGCACUCCUUCUGGGUUCUCGGCUUCUGGUAUUUUCGAUGAGCAGUGAAGCGCCGUGCUUCCCCGCGAUGGUACUGGCUGCGCAUUACAUGGGCCUACGCCCCAAAAACACUGUGCUAUUAGUACAGCCCAUGUUACCGCCGCAGGCUGGGGCACACUCGUACAGUGAGACGGCGGUAAAGGACUAUAACCGCGGGCGGCACUACAUCACAGACUUGGCGCGUCGUUCGAAUGUGCCCGUUUUCGAUAAUGUUAAUGACACUAUGGCGUGCGUCCUCUCUCGGCUACGGUCAGCUCUAUAGCGCCAAAAAUUUAAAUAAUCAAGAACUUUUGUUCUAAGAAAUUUGUUUAUCGACGCUAUAUACUGCGUCCGUUUAUUUAAUCGCCCACUGUAACCGCUUUGACGUAAGCAACAUAAAGGGUGAACACGUAUUAAGUCACACCACAAUCGCUGAUUUUUAUAUCAGCAUUUCACUGAUAGUUCCGAAAAAUAUAGUUAGUCCGUCGUGUACAGCAGUUUAUAGUUCCUGACUAUUCACUAACAUAGCGAAAAAAACAUAACCGAAUUACGGAAACAUGUUUUUGCCAUGUUUUAACUGCCUCUGUGGCUGAACGGUUACCAUGCCGGACUGCCACGUUGAGGUCCCACGUUCGAUUCCUGAGUCGAGAGAAAUAUUUGUAUGUCCUACAUUUAUUUAU